AUGGAAUCUCGGGAGGCUUCUCAUGCUGGCUCAUGGUAUUCUGAUAGUCGAUCAACUCUCACACGUCAACUUGACAAAUGGCUAGCACAGGCCCCGAGUGAGAUCGAGAACGUUGGCUCACUGCCUGUGCCUGGUGCACGAGUUAUCAUUGCCCCACAUGCGGGCUAUGCGUACUCGGGACCCUGUGCUGCUUAUGCGUACAAGGCCUUGGAUUUGUCGAAAGCGAAACGGAUCUUUAUCCUUGGCCCAUCCCACCACCAUUAUCUCUCGACUCUUGCCCUCCCGCAACUAACCUCAUACUUUACCCCGCUCUCCGACGACCCUCUUCCGCUGGACACGGAGUUAAUCGCCAAGCUCCGCUCUACUCAAGCAGUCAAGCGAAAUGGGUUGACUGUCAGCUUCACGAAGAUGUCCAGAUCAAUUGAUGAGGAUGAACACAGCAUAGAACUCCACUUGCCGUACAUUCACCGUCUUUUACAACUGCAGCAUCCAGAUAAGCCCACUUCCCAAUACCCGCCACUAGUGCCCAUCAUGGUGGGAAGCACAUCUGAGUCAACGGAAAGCGCUUUCGGAGCUUUACUGGCCCCAUACCUCGAGGACCCAGAGAAUGCUUUCGUCAUUAGCUCCGACUUCUGUCAUUGGGGCCUGCGCUUCCGUUAUACUUACUACGUUCCCCAGGCCACCAAGCCAGGGCCGGAACUGCCCCUUUCGGCCAAUUCUCUUCCCCAGCCAGGGCCCAAUCUUAGCGAGGUACAGGCUAAAGUGGAGAAGGUGUCUACCGGGACAUCUCUGCAACGGAAUGACCGCAUAUCCAGCCGACAGCCCGCUAUCCAUGAGAGCAUCUCGGAGUUUGAUAUUGCUACGAUGGCGGCCAUAACAACUGGGUCGGCUGCAACUUUCCUGGAUACCAUCCAAACAACGGGCAAUACAGUGUGUGGACGCCAUCCUAUCGGAGUGAUGAUGGCGGCCAUGGAGAAGAUCACGCGCCAGGACGAAGGAAAUAGGGGCAAAUUCUAUUUCGUCAGGUAUGAGAGAAGUUCUGACGUAAUCGAUGUCAGCGAUAGCUCUGUGAGCUAUGUCUCUGCAUUUGCCGUAUUAUGA